GAGUGAGAAGGAGAACACUAGGAGGCCGAGGGAUGCAAAUAAAUUGGGAACACAUUUCUUUAGAAAUUGGCAUCAAAAUUCCUGUCGGAAUCUUGUGCAUAAACACAAGGCUGGAUCACAGCAUGAAUGCUUGAAAUAUUUGAGGUAAUGAGACCUGCCCAGAUUCUCAGACUGGCAGUAGCUGUGUUUCAACUUGUGGGACUGUAGUUUCACCGAAUCCAGCUCUUUUUGUCUGUCAGACAUGGGAACACAGUCUUCUCACUGGGUCUUCUUAGUGCUCACCCUCAGCACUCUCGUCCUGUGGCUUGAGUCCAGCUCUGCAAAGGGAAACAGCUCCACUGUGGUUAAAUUUGGUAAGUGUCCGCGGAGACUGGUGGUUGCGGUGACAAAGCGGGGAUGCCGUUGUGAUGAAGACUGCCCUGGGCCAGACAAGUGCUGUGUGUUCGACUGUGGAGCAGUGUGCGUGCCCCCAGCAUUCAGUAAACCUGGAAUCUGUCCUCGGAGGCACGGUGGUGUUGGAGUGUGUGCAGAAUACUGUACAGAUGACAGUGACUGUCCGGGGGAGGAGAAAUGCUGCAGUAAUGGUUGUGGACAUUCAUGCACUUUUGCACAGAAAGUGAAACCUGGAAGAUGCACUCUGCCUCGGGGAACAAAGAUGUGUGCUGAAUUUUGCCAACACGAUGGGGACUGCCCAGCGGAACAGAAAUGCUGUAAAACCACCUGCGGACAUGCCUGCUCCGAACCUUGUUAGGUGCAUUCAAGAGCCCCGUUAAAACUCUGUUAGCACCUCCCUGAAAUAUUGUUAUCGCUGUAGCAUGAUCCUUGUGUGUAAUCCCUACUGAAAUAUUGUUCUUCUGAAAUUAUACUAGAGCUUUGCUGAAGCCCUGAUAGAGUCUUAUAACAGCAGCAUUGGAAUUCCUUCAGGAUCGUUUCUAGAGAAUCCGAAAGUUGCACUGUUGCAUCCUCCAUGGUGAUGUUUUAGCCAAUCAAAUCACCCUUUUCCUCUUUAGUAUAAAUUGUUGUGAUGCUUUGAAA